GGAAGAUUUAUGAAUGUUGUGAAAUUAGCAAAAAAGUGUUUCCUUUUUAAAAAGGGAUUGUUGAGAACAGCAGAACAAUUGAAAAUCAAAGGCUUAUGUGAAACAGCUGAAACAACCGAUGAAAACUCAACUGAUACAACAACAAAUACAACCAUAACGGUGCCACAAGAAACUUUAUUACACACACAAUCUCAAAUCCUAACUGGCAAUCUAGUAUCCCAAAAUUCCUUACAAACAAAUUCUUCCCAAUCGACGUUAAAUAGUGUCAUAAAUCAUAGUCAAAGUCAACAAAUAUUAAGUGCAACAACAACAACUGGACAACCAACAUUAUUUUCCAUAGCAUCAUCAAUACCAACUACAACUACAACACAGUCAUUAACUACAACACAAACGACAGCGCAACGUAAAGCGCGUGUUAGAAAACGAUCUAAAUCACCGGUUAUUCUAACAACAACUGAUUCAACUUCAACUACAUCAACAGCACAGCAACAAGCUACAGCAGCUGCAAUACAACAAGCAGUACAACAGCAGGCAAUUGUUAUUGCAACAGCAACAGGAACUCAAGCAUUUAGUAAUUCAUCAUCAAUUGUAACAUUAAAUCCAAAUACAGGUACAAUAACAACGAUACCAAGUGGUACCGGUAGUAUAAUAACAGUACCAGCAAGUAGUAGCUGUAAUACAUUAGCGGUAACAGGUCAAACAAAUCAAAAUUCUGAUACGUCAUCAGGCGGUAGUACGCAACAACAAACGCAGCAGCCCCAACAAAUUGUUGUAGCUACAUCUAGUGGUAAUACUAUAGGAACAAUUGUAACUGGUGGAUCAAGUGCAUCAACGGUAUCUGGAACAGCGACUGUAGUUAAUGCAAAAGCGACAAAAGUUUGUAAAACUGAGUUAGCAACAAGUAAUGGAAGUGGCGUUGUUACGCCAGGUACAAUAGUAACACAAAUAGUUGUAGCACGUGACAGUAAAGAUAGUAAAAGUAUGACCAGUUUAGGAAUGGGAAUGAAUGGAGGAAUUUUGGGAGUACCGAUGGGAUUUUUAGAUUUUGCCCCUGAACCACCGGCACCAUCGGCAACACCCGUCACUGAACAUGUUGACAUGAAUUGCGCACCAAGUUCAGAUACAAGAGACUUAUCUACUUUUAAAUUUGCAGAUUCAACACCAGCAAAUGGUGGUGAAGUUCGUAUUAAAUUCGAGACUCUUCGUUCUUUAGAUCCCACCGAAACCCUUGACAUUGACAAUCAUUUAGCCCAACAUAUUAUUCAACGUUUAGAUCAAACACCAAUCCAACAAAUUCAACAUCACCAAGAUCAACACCAGCAACAACAGCAGCAGCAACAACAACAACAUCAUCCACAUCAUCAUCAACAGCAACAACAUCAGCAACAGCAGCAACAUCAACAAAAUACCACCAAUAAUAGUAACAAUAUUGCCAAUGAAACAAAUUCAAAUUUAAUACAAAAUAUUAAAAGCGAAAUAAUUGAAGUCAAGCAACAUCAAUUACACGCUCAAGCCCAUCAUCAGCAAACCCAACAAUCCCAACAGCAAGCACAACAGCAGGGACAAUCUCAUCAUCAGGUUAUAACAAAUGCUACCGUUAUGGAAAUUGAUCCGAAUAAUAUUAAACAUGAACCACAAAUGAUUAUAACGCCAGAAAUAGCAACUAUAAUGAAUACUGGACAUAUGGAUAUUUACAAUUCGGACACAAGUGAAGACAGCCUGAUGAUUGCUAAUGGUUCCCCGAAUGACAACAAUGCGGAGCCGCAUUAUACUAAUUUGGAUCAACCACAUGAUAGUAAGUUAAAUGGCCCGAAAACUUGGACACAAGAUGAUAUGAAUUCAGCUUUAGAUGCCCUGAAGAAUCACAAUAUGAGCUUGACGAAGGCGUCGGUUACAUAUGGCAUACCGUCAACAACGUUAUGGCAACGAGCACAUCGGAUGGGUAUUGAGACACCAAAAAAAGAAGGAAGUACCAAAUCAUGGAACGAAGACGCCCUGAACAGUGCUUUAGAAGCUUUAAGAACUGGUCAAAUAUCAGCAAAUAAAGCAUCAAAAGCCUAUGGUAUUCCGUCCUCAACACUAUACAAGAUAGCAAGACGAGAAGGCAUAAGAUUGGCGGCACCUUUCAACGCAGCACCUACAACAUGGACACCAGAGGAUUUAGAGAGAGCAUUAGAGGCAAUACGUGCUGGUCACACAUCCGUCCAAAAAGCUAGUAUGGAAUUUAAUAUCCCAACAGGUACACUAUACGGACGCUGUAAAAGGGAAGGAAUUGAACUUUCACGAUCGAAUCCAACUCCAUGGUCUGAGGAUGCUAUGAAUGAAGCAUUAGUCGCUGUUAGAGUCGGGCAUAUGUCAAUAAAUCAAGCAGCCAUACAUUAUAAUUUGCCUUAUAGUUCACUAUAUGGGCGUUUCAAAAGGGCUAAAUACGAUACAAAUACUACUUCAGCUGCAAAUACAAGUACAGCGUCAAAUGCAAGUGCAAAUAAUUCAACAGGAAAUAUUGAAAUCAUUGAAAAUAGUCCAGAGAAUUCGAUGCAUAUGCUUCAUCAAUUUCAAUAUAGUCCUGGACCAUCAACUACUCCACAACCAACUCAACAGCAACAACAACAGCAUAUUCAACAAAAUCAGCAACCCCAACAACAACAUCAUCAGCAACAACAUCAUACAAUUCAAAUACAACAUCAUGCAACACAGCCACAACAUCAUCAGCAUAUUCAACAACAGCAGCAAGAUGUAGUUACAUCAUCCAGUCAAAUUAUUCAUCAACAAACUGGACAAAUACAACAGAUUUAUCACCAUCACAGUACACCAGAGAGAAGUUGAAAAAUGCUUAAGCCUCCAGAUAAUACAAAAAUUAUCAGCAGGAUUAUUAUUAAACAAGAAUAAGAUUUCAAAAGAAAGUUGAUGAUAAGACAAAAUGUUUAAAACAGAAAAAGAAAAGUAAUUACAAACAAACUUAACAAAUUUUAAAACAAAAAUAAAUUUUUUUAUGACAAUUUAUAAUUUUAUGCUGAAAAAUAAAAGGAACUUUUUUGGAAUAAAGGUUAACAAAUUAAUUUGAAUCAAGCAACAAUCUUAAUCUAUUUACUAAUGUUAACAUGGAUUUAUACAUUAGCAUUACCAAUACACGAUUCAUUACAUAAUUAUGUUUAUUUAUAUUAAAAUUAUAUUAAAAAAAUAGAUUCAUGAAAUAAUUAUUGGAAUACUUGUAAUUAAUUAUAGCUAAUUCAAAUCAAAAGUAAAUAAUAAGAUCAGGAAAGUAGAUAUAAAACAUACAUCUUAACUAUAAAUUUAAGUAGUAAAUUUCAAGAUCAAAUAUAUUGUAAUCAAAAUUGAAAUUACUGUAUAUAUAUAUAUAUAUAUAUAUAUAUAUACCAGUAUAAAUAAAUAGUAGGUGUGUGUAGAAUAAUUGCUACAUAUUUCAAGACAUAUUAAAAUUUAAGUACAUUUUGUGUAACGGUUAAAAAAUGAAACCAUAAUUAAUAAAAACUAAAUAAAAUAUAAUAAUGGUAAUAUAAAACAAAAAAAAAACUAAAAAGAUGAACAAAGUCUCCACAAAUCUAUAUGAACAUAUAGAUAUAAAUAUAUAUAUAAAAAAUUAAUAAACAAAUGUAAGAAUAAUAACUAUUAUAUUAUAUAAAUAUAAAACAAGACAAGAAACAAAAAAAGUAGAACACUAUAAUAUAAUUAUAUAAUUAAAAAAAACAUAUAUUAACAUUAUUAAAUUAUUAAAACACAGAAAUAUGAGUAUUUGAUAGUUUUAUUUUAAUGUAUACGCGCAUAUACAUAAAUAUAAGAUAUUAUGUGUUAUUCAUUUAUAAAUAUACAUAAUUAUUAUAUAAAUAUUAUAUAACUAUACUCGU